CACCACAAACAUUAUCUCCACCAAUCACAACUCACCCCCUUUGACCUCUCUUUCUCUUUCUUUCAUUUUCUCACUCUUCAAUUUCCUGUUUCAUAGAUCACUCACUGUCUUUCAAAUCACACAACAAAGUAACAUCAUCAUACACAUUUCUGUUCCACUUCACUUCUUCUUUCACAACCACCACUUAUGCUUAUUUUCAUCUCAAACUUCACAACUUUUUCACUUUCUCAAUUACCCUCUUGACUCUUUUUGUUCCAUUAAAAUUCUUCAACUCAUUUUUAUAUAAAUUUACACUUUUUAUGCAUUUUUAAACUGACCCAGUUGCUUAAUUUCACUCAAAAACCCUCAUGUUCUAAAACUUGAUGUGGGUUUUGUAAAAAAAUCACUUUUUUAUUUUUUUUCUUUCUCUUUUGGUGAUUUUUUUCUUGUCUUUUAGAUCUGAUUAGUUUUGUAAAAGUUCUUAUUAAUAAAUUCUGGAUUUUUUCCUUGGAUUUUGGAAAAAAGCACUUUUUUUAGAUUCCUUAGUUAUUUGGGUAGCUGAAAUAAGCAGCAGAUAGAUUCCACCCAAAUGCUGUUUGAUAAUAUGCUUCUUUGGCCAUAAGAACUUCCACUUUUGUAGCUUAUCUCUCUCUCUUUGAAGCUCUUUUUUAGAGAGAAAGAGAUCAAGAGUUAGUUUAUAUGAUUAUAUGAUUUUAUCUAGAACAAUGAAUAGAGGAGUUGAAGUUCUAUCACCAGCUUCCUAUAUCCAAAAUUCCAAUUGGUUGUUUCAAGAAAACAAUGGUUCAAAAUGGACUUCAGAAGAGAAUAAGCUCUUUGAGAAUGCUUUAGCUUAUUAUGAUAAGGAUACUCCUGAUAGAUGGAUAAGGGUUGCUGAGAUGAUUCCUGGAAAAACUGUAGGUGAUGUGAUUAAACAGUAUAGGGAGCUUGAAGAAGAUGUGUGUGUUAUUGAAGCUGGUUUGAUACCAGUUCCUGGUUAUACAACUAGUUCUUUUACAUUGGAUUGGGAUAACAGUGAAGGGUAUGAUGAGUUCAAGCAGUUUUGUAGUGUUGGUGGGAAAAGAAAUGGUUCGACUCGGCCGUCGGAGCAGGAAAGAAAGAAAGGUGUGCCAUGGACUGAAGAGGAGCAUAGACAAUUUCUGUUGGGUCUGAAAAAGUAUGGCAAGGGAGAUUGGAGAAACAUCUCUAGGAAUUUCGUGACCACAAGGACACCAACUCAAGUCGCAAGUCAUGCUCAGAAGUAUUUCAUUAGGCAGCUUUCAGGAGGGAAGGAUAAGAGGAGAUCCAGUAUCCAUGAUAUCACAGUGGUCAAUCUCCAAGAAACGAAAUCGCCUUCAUCAGAAAGUAACAAUCUUUCUUCGCCGGAUCAUUUGGUCAAGGUUCCAAAUCAACCGCAAAAUAAUAAUUUGUCCGGCAUGGUCAAGCAGGAAUUUGACUGGAAAUUACCAGAUGAAGGCAUGUCAUUUGUUUUCAAUUCAACUAAAGGAAACAUGUUUGUGGCACCGUCGUGCGGGAUUUCUUCACAUGAAUCGAAAUCACCGGGGCGUAAUGUACUCCGAAGCACUCAUCAUGGAUACCAGUUUUCACCUUUUGAUACUAUUUUGCAAAUGCAAUCCAUGCAGCAUCAAUGAACUGAGGAGGACUUAAGUUAGUCCAUAGUAAUUAGAAUCUAUGAAGAGAUUAGUUCGUGUUGUUUCUGAUAUUAAAAUUCGGGCAAUAGUUUGUCAAACAGAAGUGAAGUUUGGAUAUGUGUGAUAUGAUUUUCUGAUUACUUGUUUGAAAAUUUGAUUGUACUUUAGCAGAUUUGUGAGGAUCUUCCUAUAUAGAGUGGAAUUAUAUGCAGAAUGCUCAAGAAUAUGUAGUUAUCUCUCAACUUUUUAUGAGAAGGUUCAAAUAAAUAUGUAGUUCCAAUUCACUCAUGGAACUAUGUAAAGGCAUCAAUCUUGUUGAUGUACUUGAACUAGUGGUGUAAUUUAUUUGGGGUGCUUGUUUUUUUAGUCUA